CACAUCGCUUGUUUCCGUGGUCGCUGGAGCCCGGCGAUACCGCUUCAAUAUGUAUAGCCUGCUGGUGCUUGCAUUUGCGGUUGGCUUAACAUCAGCAGAUGUUGGACUUGGUUACCAUUACAAGCCCCCGACAUCUUUUGGAUCCUAUAGAGUGCCACCACAGCAAGCCAGUGCUAAUAAUGGUCAAUACAAUAUUGGUUAUUAUAACAGCCUUAAUGGGUUCAACUAUAAAUAUACAGACCACAAUGCAUAUCCUGGACAAACCAUUGGUUUUCAGAAUACUGCCAAUAACGCUUAUCAAGUAAAUGGAGUAAAUCAAGGUUUCAAACCAGCAGUUAUUAAGGGCGAUCUUGGAACUAAUUAUGAUUUCCAAAAUACCCUAAAUAAAUAUCAAGCUGCCUACAACAGAGGCAAUAAUUACAAAGAGGCAGCUUCUUUUCAAAGUCAAAAUAGUGUUAAUUACGCUAAUGUUAAUGGUAUCAAUAGAGAACAGGCAUUCCAAAGCGGUUACGAAGUAUCGUCUCAAACACCACAAGUGUUUAAACAUUUCUACAUUCACGCCGCCCCUGAAGAUGAAGAUUCACCAAAACUACGGACACCAUUAGUGUUACCACCACCACAAAAACAUUAUAAAAUAAUAUUUAUUAAAGCUCCUACACAAUUGUCUAGUACACAAUUCGUUCCCGUGCCACAACAAAACGAAGAGAAAACGAUUGUUUAUGUUCUCGUAAAUAAACCUGAGGAAGGUCAAAAUAUUGUUACACCAAAAAUAGAACAAAAACCACCAGCAAAACCUGAAGUUUACUUUAUUAAAUAUAACAAUAAGGAGGGAUCUCAAGCAGUCAUUGAAAAUAUUGUGAGAGAUUACAAUAAAGGGCAGUCUGUCAGUUUUACUAAUGUUAAUACGGGAGCCGCAUCAUCUUCUCCUCAACUUCAAGGAUCGCUUGGUGUAACAGGUGCGCAAAUAGUAAACACAGAUAGUAUUGGGUCAUCAGGUGCACAAAUAGGAGGAAAUACUGAAUUUGGUACAUUAAGCACACAGUCCGGUUUUGUCUCAAAUCCUUUGCUCCAUUCCGCUUCUGGACAUUCAGAUGGAACAUUAUCUUCAAUAUCAGUUGACAAAACUUUAACCAGUACUUCAAGUGAUACGGGUUUCAACAGUGGUAGUAAUUUGGGUCUCAACGGUGCUUCAGACAGUGCUGGAUUCAAUGGUGUUUCUAGUAGUGCUGGAUUCAAUGGUGCUUCAACCAGUUCUGGAUUUAAUAGCGUUUCUACUAGUUCUGGAUUCAAUGGUGCCACAAGUGGGAUUUCGAACGGCGAAUCAGCAGGCAGCAGUGCUUUUGGAAAUGGGUACAACAGUGGUUUUAAUAACAAUGAAUACAACAUUGCAUCCACCACCAGUGGUACGAUAUCGACGGGCGCGGUCAAUUCUUUAACCGAUUCACAAUAUAACGGUAGUACUAUUUCUACUAGUCAAGGAGUACCUCACGAGACUUAUGGCAUUCCUAAAUUCAGUGUGUGAUUAAAUCAGUAGUUCAAUAAGUAAAAUUUCAAAAGUGAAUUAAAUCGGGUAUCUUUUUAUUGAUGUUAAUAUAGUAUAUAUCAUUCAUUCAUAAUGACAGUAAUCAAUAGUAAACUUGCCUAACCUCUGAACAUAGGUAUCUGAAUAUAACUUAUUCAUAUUUCUAUGCAUAUGCAAAAAAGUCUAUGUAAUCACACUAAUUACGUGUAGUGCGUUAUGUGGAUUGUGUUCUAAAGAAUCCCAAAUUUGUGGUGAAAUAAAACUAAUAUGCGAGUAGAUGCCCAAUUUUUUAU